AUGGGCCUCACGAGAACCCUGUCUCCGUGUUUCCCCUCCCCACCACCAGCGCCGAGCUCACCCCAAGAGUGGGCGCAGGGGGGGCAAGCGCUGCCCAGGGUUGGAGAUGCGGCUGCUGCGGCGCCAACACCGCUCGAGGCUCCCGAGGCGCCAUCCCCUGGGGCUCACGACCCCUGCCCUGAGGUGACGGUUGAGGGGGCGACUCGAUCCACUGCUCCUAAGGCCGAAGCCCCCGAGGCCCCGACAGGUCACCAUGAGGCGGAGCCCGAGGGCUCCCCUCAGCCCAACACUCCCGAGGUCGUCCCCUCAGGAGCCUCACCAGCCGCGCCAAGCGCUGGUGGCCGCGUCCAAGGGUUCAGCCAGCUCCGCCUGGACUUCGAUGCGCUCCGCAAGAGGAAGGGGUCUCCAAGCUGCAGUGGUGAUGCCCUCCGGCCAUUGAAGCAGAGGAAGUAUAUUGCCGUGGACGAGUGA